CCAACCCCUCCCAUCUGAGAGAGCUGGACCUGAGCUACAAUCAUCCAGGAGACUCAGGAGAGAAGAUCCUGUCUGCUGGACUGGAGGAUCCACACUGGAGACUGGACACUCUCAGCCUGCAGCCUGCUGGAGUCCGAUGGUUGACACCAGGUCCGAGGAAGUAUGCCUGUGAACUGGAACUGGAUCCAAACACAAUGUACAGAAAACUCAAACUGUCUGACAACAACAGGAAGGUGACACAUGUGAAGGAGAAGCAGUCAUAUCCUGAUCAUCCAGAGAGAUUUGAUCACCGGCCUCAGCUGCUGUGUAGUAAUGGUCUGACUGGUCGCUGUUACUGGGAGGUCGAGUGGAGUGGAACAGUUUAUAUUUCAGUGAGUUACAGAGGAAUCAUCAGGAAAGGAGACAGUUAUUACUGUGGGUUCGGAAGGAAUGAUCAGUCCUGGAGUGUGAGGUGCUCUGAUGGCGGUUACUCUGUCUGGCACAACAACAGUGGAACAUCCUCCUCCUCCUCCUCCUCCUCCUCCACCUCUGGUAGAGUAGCAGUGUAUGUGGACUGUCUUGCUGGCACUCUGUCCUUCUACAGAGUCUCCUCUGACACACUGAUCCAUCUCCACACCUUCAACACCACAUUCACUGAACCUCUGUAUGCUGGGUUUGGGUUUCGGUCACAAGACAAGUUUGGUUCCUCAGUGUCUCUGUGUCCUCUGUAG